UUCCUGCAUAUGAAGUAGUAGUAUGCUGCUGCUGACUACCAUACAACCUUGAAACAAGCAAAUUUGUGAAUUCGUGAAGAAAAGCUGUAGCAAGCGUUUUUACGUAAAAAAAACAAAGAUAGAAGCAUUAUUUAAAGAGAAGUUUCACGGGAAACGGUAACAAACGAUGUCCAACGGGUUUGAUCCAUAUGUGCAAAAUGGUGGUACAACCAUUGCUAUUGCUGGUGAAGGAUUCUCUCUAUUAGCAGGUGAUACAAGAAAUGUGAAUGGCUACAACAUUAAUACCCGUUUUAUGCCUCGUGUUCAUGAAGUUGGAGAUGAUUUAGUAGUUGGUGCAUCUGGAUUUGAAGCAGAUGCUUUGGCUCUUGUCAAACGAAUUCAACAGAGAAUUGAGCUUUAUCAUGAUAAUCACGAGAGGAAAAUGAACGCUCAAUCGUGCGCACGAAUGGUUCGUACUUUAUUAUAUGGCAAGCGGUUUUUCCCCUACUAUGUUUACACCCUUGUGGCCGGAAUGGAUAAAGAAAAUCGCGGAGAAAUCUAUUCCUUUGAUCCUGUUGGAUCUUAUGAACGAGAAUGGUGCCGUGCUGGAGGUUCUGCGGCGAAUUUCAUCACGCCGUUUUUGGACAACCAAGUAAAUUUACAUAAUCAAUAUAUCCCAGGAACAAAUGGCGCUGAACCUCAGCCUCACAGACUAUUAACCUUAGAUCAGGCAAUGAAACUAGUGCACGAUGCCUUUACCAGUGCUGGCGAGCGACAUAUUGAGGUCGGUGACUCUGUGCUAGUUAAGGUUAUUACAAAAGAUGGUGUGGAGACUAGAACUUUUCCUCUUAAAAGAGACUAAAAAUAGUAUUUUUUUUUCAUUUAGCCUUCAGUUUCUCUCGAGCGAGGAUUAUGAUGCCUGGUCAUGUUUUCACUUUGGUUACUUACUAUUUACUUUCAUAGAGAUUUCUCCCUUAUGAGCAAUUUUGCUACAUGUCUAUGUAUGAAUUCAUUCUAUCAUUUCUUUUCCCUUCAUCUUAUCAUGUAGAGUACAAUGUUUCAAACACUAAU